AAGAAGUUAAACUCUGGCGGUUUCAUGAAGCGAGGGAAAAGUGCAAACAAAACUCAAACCAUUCUUUUGGACUUGUGGACCUUUUUCAGGGUGGAUUUUAAAAUCAACAGCGGUUGCGAAGUUGAAGACAUUUGUUGAGGUAAGAGAAAAGCGUCUCAUUGCUCGACAGGAUGCAGAAAGCUUCCCGUUUGAAGCGUGAACUUCAGAUGCUCAGCACCGAGCCCCCUCCCGGGAUAACAUGCUGGCACACCGAGGAACAGAUAGACGACCUUCGGGCACAGAUUGUGGGUGGGACAGACACUCCAUAUGAAGGUGGACUCUUCUCCUUGGAGAUCAAGGUCCCAGAGAGGUACCCGUUUGAGCCGCCCAAAAUUAGAUUUCUGACCCCAAUCUAUCAUCCAAACAUUGACAAUUCAGGCAGAAUCUGUCAUGAUGCUCUGAAACUCCCUCCAAAGGGUGCCUGGAAGCCGUCCCUUAACAUCUCCACUGUCCUUACCUCCAUUCAGCUUCUCAUGGCUGAGCCCAAUCCAGAUGAUCCACUCAUGGCUGAUAUUUCAUCAGAAUUCAAAUACAACAAGCAGCUGUUCAUGGACAAAGCCCAGAAGUGGACGCAAGAACAUGCAGUUCAGAAGAAUAUGUUUGAAUCUGUCUGUGUUCAGGGAGUUGUGGAUGGCAACAAAGAAAAUAAUCCAGAUCAAAAAGCUUCAUUCCGCAAAAGAGAGGCACAACAGGAGGCAGAGGAGCCAGCAAAGAGGACCUGUCUGUAGUUUGUGUUUCACUUGGUAGAACCUCAAGUGUCUCCAUUCUGUACUACCUUUCCUUUACACCGUUCUAAUGUAAAAAAAUGACAUUAAAAAUCCUUAUUUAGCUCUCCUAGCAUCCAUAUGCUCUGCAUAUAUUCCUAUUCCUAAACCACAAAUUGAGACAUAUUUAUUGGUGUGUAUGAUUGUGUGAUGAUAUUAAAGUUUCUUCUGUGU